UACGUACCCGGGGGAUUGCGACAAUUUGUACUUUAGCAUUUGAACGCAGGGUUACAAAAGAAAUAAGGGUCGUAGUGUGGAGUGGGGCUGGCGGAGAGUGAGGUGAAUGUGCCGUUUUGAAACCAAAGAACGGUAAACGCUCUCUCUCUCCCGAAACGAGACUCUCCCGCGGGCCCGGCGGCCGCCGCUGGACGGUCCGGAGAGAACAUGGCGGCGCCCGGAAUCCGGGGCUGCAGCCUCUCGGGCCUGCUCCCGGCUCAGACCCCGCUGGAGUACGCUCUACUCGACGCCGUCACCCAGGAGGAGAAGGACAGCCUGGUCUACCAGUAUCUGCAGAAGGUGGACGGCUGGGAGCAGGACUUGUUAGUGCCCGAGUUUCCGGAAGGAUUAGAAUGGUUGAACACAGAAGAACCUAUUUCUGUCUACAAGGAUCUGUCUGGAAAAGUGGUCGUCCUUGAUUUCUUCACCUACUGCUGCAUAAACUGUAUUCACCUGUUGCCUGAUCUUCAUGCAUUAGAGCACACAUACUCGGAUAAAGAUGGCCUUCUGGUUGUUGGUGUUCACUCGGCUAAGUUUCCAAAUGAAAAAGUCCUGGAUAGCAUUAAGAGUGCUGUUCUUCGAUACAACAUCACCCACCCUGUGGUUAAUGAUGCAGAUGCCAGCCUCUGGCAAGAACUGGAAGUUUCCUGCUGGCCGACUCUCGUCAUACUUGGACCCCGUGGAAACAUGUUGUUUUCUUUGAUUGGAGAGGGACACAAGGAUAAAUUAUUUUUGUAUACUUCAAUAGCUUUAAAGUAUUAUAAAGACAGGGGACAGAUCAGAGAUAAUAAAAUUGGAAUAAAACUCUAUAAAGAUUCUUUGCCACCUUCACCAUUGUUAUUUCCUGGCAAAGUAACAGUAGACCAUGUUACUAAUAGAUUGGUGAUAGCAGACACUGGACAUCAUAGAAUUUUGGUUGUCUGGAAGAAUGGAAAAAUUCAGUACAGCAUUGGAGGACCCAACCCUGGAAGAAAAGAUGGAAUAUUUUCAGAGUCGACUUUUAAUUCACCGCAGGGUGUAGCCAUAAUGAAUAAUAUCAUAUAUGUGGCAGAUACAGAAAACCACCUUAUAAGAAAGAUUGACCUAGAAGCUGAGAUGGUGAGCACCGUAGCUGGCAUUGGAAUUCAAGGUACAGAUAAAGAAGGUGGAGCUGAAGGAGAACGACAGCCCAUUAGUUCCCCUUGGGAUGUGGUUUUUGGAACAUCAGGUUCAGAGGUCCAACGAGAUGACGUUCUGUGGAUAGCCAUGGCAGGGACUCAUCAGAUAUGGGCACUCCUGUUGGACUCUGGCAGACUACCAAAGAAAAAUGAGUUAAAAAAAGGAACCUGCCUUCGGUUUGCUGGAAGUGGAAAUGAAGAGAAUCGAAAUAAUGCAUAUCCUCACAAGGCAGGUUUUGCCCAACCUUCAGGUCUUUCUCUGGCCUCGGAAGAUCCCUGGAGCUGCCUGUUUGUAGCAGACAGUGAGAGCAGUACGGUGAGAACCGUAUCCCUGAAGGAUGGCGCCGUGAAGCACCUCGUAGGAGGAGAGAGAGAUCCCAUGAACUUAUUUGCUUUUGGUGACGUUGAUGGAGUAGGAAUCAAUGCAAAGCUUCAGCACCCACUUGGAGUAACUUGGGACAAGAAAAGGAAUUUACUGUACGUGGCAGACUCUUAUAAUCACAAGAUUAAAGUUGUGGAUCCAAAAACAAAAAACUGUACAACAUUAGCUGGAACUGGAGAUGCAAGUAAUGUUAUCAGUUCCAGUUUUACUGAGUCAGCUUUUAAUGAACCAGGAGGCCUGUGUGUUGGAGAGAAUGGUCAGUUAUUAUACGUAGCAGACACCAAUAAUCAUCAAAUUAAAGUGAUGGAUUUAGAAACAAAAAUUAUUUCUGUGCUCCCAGUCUUCAGAUCUGAAAAUGCUGUGGUAGAUGGUCCAUUCCUAGAAGAUAAACAGAAGACAUUACCCAGACUACCUAAAUCUGCUCCACACGUUCAACUCUCCCCAGUGGCUGCAUCUCCAGGACAGACUCUUCAGUUCAAGCUAAGAUUAGACCUCCCAUCAGGAGCAAAACUAACUGAAGGAGUACCCAGUUGCUGGUUUCUCACAGCUGAAGGCAAUGAAUGGCUUCUUCAAGGACAGAUACCAUUUGGAGAAAUAGAGAACAUUUCCAAUCAACCAACAAUCUCACUACAGAUUCCUGGAGAUUGUGUAUCUCUUGAAGCCGUUAUAUCUAUCACCGUGAUUCUUUAUUACUGUAGCGCAGACAGCAGUGCCUGUAUGAUGAAGGGAAUUUUGUUCAGUCAGCCUUUACAAGUAACCGAUACACAACAAGGUUGCAUAGCUCCCGUAGAGCUCAAAUAUGUAUUUUAGCAAGCAGUCUAGCAACUCAGUCGCCACAGCCACCUGUUCUCCAUCCUUACCAUCGCUGUAACUUAUGAAAAGAAACUUCAUUUCUGCCUCUGGAUUCUAAGAAAACCAUUGCUGAGUUCUAGUGACUGAUAUUAAAGUAAAACUAUGCUCCUUAUUUAUUUAUUAUAGACAAAUUCCUUCAUUCUGGCUGUGUACCAGCUAAGUCAUUGACCAUUAUUUGAACCAUGAUUUUGUAAUCUAUGCUGCUAUUUGGCACAAGACGUUAAGUCCACACUAUAGUAUAGAAUAUUAUCAUGAAAUAAUUUGCAGUGAAUACUGAUAACAAUAAUGAUACCAAAUAUUUUAACUAACUUUUUCUACCUUUAUUAAUUGUGAGCAGCACAUUGGAAUGUGUAAAUUUCACAAUAACCUUAAACAAAACCUAAGAUCCAGUCCACAUGUUGGUAUAAGGACACCUGCCGUUCAAGGCAUAAGGUCUGUUUUAAGCCAAGAAAAAGAAGUCUUCAUCACAGUAUAAGUUUAAAAGAGUACCUAGGUGGUAAAUAUGUUCGUUGUUCUCUUCUGCAAUUUUCUCAGUUGAGAUAUAUUUAAAAGAGAAUUUCAGUCUAUUUUUAUUACAAAUUAUUUACUAUUUUAACAUACUAUUAUUAAUGCCUUAUAACUCUGUAUAGAAAAAGUUAGAGUCUCUCAGGACAUACAUACUCACUUCUUUGACUUUUUUCUGAAUGAACACAGUCUUACCAGAUGAUGAAUGAGUCCCCAGAAAUAUUAUGACUUUCAAGGAGAAAGGGACUGAGGGAAACAUUACUGUCUGUGAUACUAUUUAACAAUAAAGAAUUAAUUGUGACAGCUGAAUCUGAUGUAAAUGGAUAUGUAUGUUUUAGAAAUUUACAUUUCACCUGUAAGAAUUAAAUGCAGAUUUGUUGGGUUUUGGUUUUUUUUUGGUUCCCAUAUUCAGAAUUUAAAUCAUGAUCAUUUAUUGUGAUGUUUUUGAAAGUCAUUUUUAAGCCUUCAAAGUGAAAAUUUCAAUGUGAAGCACUUUCAUGGCAUUAAUAUGUAUAGUAUAUCCUAAUAUAUUGCUCUUUAAAUAUUAAGGCUGAAAUAUACAGUGACUUGAUGACACUGUUUCGGGGGGUUUCUUAAAACUCCAAAAGAAAUAGCUACUAGAAGAUAUUGAAAGUUUUUUUAUCAUAAGUUUUCUUUAUAACUAUUUAAAAGCCUAUUCUUGAUUUUACUAAAACUGAUUCAACGUUUGUGAUUUAAUCAGCUUACAAGGUUUUAAAAACAUCAAGUGAACCAUAUUUAUUCAAUAAAUAUUUAUAGACGAUACACCAUAAGAUGCCUUCCCCUCCUUCAAAAACAAUGCUAAAUUUGAAGUGUAAUCUUUUAAGCAUCAUCAUCUGCCCAUUUCUUGAUAUUUUUUUGAAAUAUAGUUUUGAACAUACUAUUUGCUUCUUUUAUUCAGGUUCCCUAAGUCUCUGAAGUAGGGAAAUGCAUUGAUCAUGACUUUCAUUUAAUUUGUAACCUGCUAAAGCUAUUUUUAGAGAGAAGUAUAAAUGUCACGUUAAAAGGAAUCCUGUUUAAAAUUAUAUAUAAUUACCUCAUAAACCUUUUCUCCCCACAAAAAAAAAUGUGUUGUUCUGUAAUAAAAGGAUGUAUGACAUUAAUAUUCUCUUUUAUGGAGAAUAGGCUGUAGUCAGUUUUUAAUCUCAUUUGAUUAUUAUACUUCUCAUUUCCGGUUGGACAGGAUGAGAAUAUUUUGGCUUAAUCUUCUCCUAUUUAAGGACAUAAACAGUUUCACUCUCUAAAGGAAGUGUGCAUAAAGGAAGUGUAUAUAUGUUGCUAAUUCAGAAAUACUUGAUAAUUAAUUUUUCAAUAUUAUACACAAACACAGUAUGUAUUUUCAUGUACAUUAAAAAUCCAAAGUUAUUUCUUAUAAUCUAUUAAUAGUCCCUUUGUCUGGACAGUUUUUGGUUAGUAUUAAGCUUAUACUUUUCUUGACUUUCAAAGUACAGUUUUAUUGAACAUUCUUAUUCUUACCUAGCCACCAGAUUGCAUUGUUUACAUUCAAAAUAUUAUUUACAUGGAUUAGUAGGAUUUUUUGUAAAUCGUACUAAAGCAAUAUAAAUAGGUCCUAGAAUUUAUGACUAACAUAAACCUCUUACAUAAGAAGAAGCACUAGAAAGUUUAUUUUGAAAAACUUUAUCCUUGUCUGCCUUCUGUUUUCUAAAAGGACUUCUGUAUAUUUUUAACUUUUGCUUUUCUUCAUGCAUAAAGCAUUAUAUCCAGUGAUAGUUUAAAAAGAGUAAAGUUUUAGUGUAAGUCACCUUAAUCAAAGUGCCAGUAAUGUGGCAUUACACACACUUUGACGUAAUACCUAGAAUCUUGGCCCUAAAUUAUUCUCCUGCUUUGUCGCUUUUUUCAGCACUAUUUGUGGUAUCAUUUCACAAAUAGAAUUUUUUUUUUCUGAGUUUAUACUCAGGAUUGAUAUGAUCCCUGAAAAGAAUUUUGCUUGUCUUGCAGAUGCUGUCUCAAGCAAAUAUUUAACCUAUUCACUUUAUAGUUUAAUCACCCAUUAAGUGUAGCUUUGGCAAAGUUCAAUGACUAAAAUUUGGCAAAGUUCAAUGACUAAAAGUUCUCUCCUUAACUGUUCUAAUGAUAUAUUUAGUUAUAGUAUUGUCAGGCCUGCAGAAAGCUAUAAAUCUUAACAGCCAAAAGAAGGUUGAAUAUCUGUGGAUGAGUGUAUGUGUCUAUGUAUAUAUGUAUGUGUGUAUAUAUAUAUAAGACAGAUACAAAGAUCGAGUCAAGGAUUUCUCCCAUAAGUUUCUCUUAUGGCCAAUAUACUUUUGAGCUAAUAACACUGAGUUACUCUCUGCUUGUUUUUCCAUAGUUGGAAUAUUUGAGAAGAUAUUGAAAAUAUAUAUCUCUGUAAUAUAAUUUUCUGCUUGCACAAAAUCUACCGUUCGUUUAUAUCUGCCAAUUAAAAAGACUUCAGUGUAGCCAUUACAUUUGGCUUUAUGUUUAAGAACAAUCAUCAAAAACUAAAUUCCAUAAUUCAUAGUUGCAUAAAAAUAUAUGCAGAGGGACUCUGUCAAAGGUGGUUUUCCUGAAUGGUGAAAUUAUGGAUAUUUUUAUUUUAAUUCUACUUUUCUGUAUUUUUUUUUCAGUGAGCCAUGUGUUAUUUUCCCAAAAAAAAAACACAACGGGAAAUGUUUUUUAAAGAUUUAAAAUGAACUGAAUAGUAAGCACUUAUAUAUAUAUAGUAACUCUUGUAAAGUCGGUUUUAUUACCAAACAUCAGAACGUAGUUUGGAGCUCUUUGAUCUACUAGUUCUCUUACGUAUGUGAUUGGGUGAAGGCAGAAGUGAUGAUGGCUUUUUCUUCUGGUGUUUUCAUUGUGUAAUGUGGUGUGGUGGUGAAGAGCAGGGGCUCUGCAGUCGCUUGGUACCCCUCAUGGGGUUGGUUUAAGGAUUCAAUGAAAUUGUGUUUGUAAAGCAUUUAGUAAUUAAUGAAACUGCUAGUUAUUGCCUCAGUUAAUAGUAAUGAUAAUUUAUGACCAUAAACACAUGGCUUGACAUGUUUAUUGCAACUUCAAUUUCUAAAGGAAACUGUUUCUCUACCAACUAUUUGAUAUGUUAAUACUGUCCAUAGAGUUGGGAUUCAAGACGAGAAAUACAGUUGCAUAAUAAAGCAUAUUACUAUUUUAUAAACGAUAUUAUUUAUAAAGAAGCAUACCUACGGGUUUAUUAAAAUUUUUUAAAAAGACCUUCUGGAACUAUGAAUAAUAAACUUCCUCGAGAGGCUCCAGACAUACUCAUCCUGAGUCACAUUCCUAUACUAUACUCUGGUGGUGCUUCACAAAAUCUUCCAAGUGCCUUCAUGCAUUUUUGCCUCAUGAGCUUCAGAGUAACCUUAUGAAUCAGACAAGUAGAUGUUAUGUCCGUUUUACAGAUGAGGAAACAGCUUUAGAAUGUUGGUGACAUGUGUAAUGAUCAGAGCUCCAAGAAUAAUGCCUGAUGCUAAGCAGGGCCUGGCAUAAACAGUUGCUCAGCCAAUUUUGUUGAAUGAUUGAAGGAUGAAUAGUGAGUGAUGGGUCUUUUAUUUGAACACAGGUCUCCUGAUUCCUAGCUCUACUCCUAGAUGUAGAGUAAAAACAAACUGCAGAAUAAAAGACUUACUCUCUUUUCUGAAUGCUUUUUAAGCCUUUGCAGUAUUUAAAUAAAGUAAUAAGAAUAGCUAAAUUUGUUGAGUGCUUACUAUGUGCCUGGCACUUUUCUAAGUGGUUUAUAUGUAUUAACUAUUUAAUCCUCACACACCUUAUGAGGGAGGUACUAUUUUUUCUUAUUUCCCUGCUGAGGAAACUGAGACUCAAAGUUCAGUUAUAAGCAGUUACACACGCGUAAUCAAGAUCACGCAUUUAGGAAAUGGCCCAGCCUGGAUGAGUCUGCUCCACAACCAUGCUACAUUGCCUCAAAGCAGUUUUCUUAAAAACAUAAAUCUUUCAUAGUUAUAUAUAGUAACUAUUCAAUCCAAAGAACCAAACAAGUCCUAGUGAUGAUUGUUUUUGAAAUUUAAAUUAAAUCCAUUUAAUUACAUUAGCCUUUUGGACUUUUCAUUAUACAUGCUUAUCCUUCAGGGUUUGGAACAGUCUGUAUAAUUGUUUCCCAAAAGAUUUUGUGUAACAUUCUUUGUUAAAUUCAGAUUUUAUCCAGAGUUUUUCUUGGCACAUGGGUGUAUUAAAGAAUUAAAUAGCUUUUCAGUGUCAGUUCCAACAAUGCUAUUUUUAAUUGGUCUUCAAAAGGUAAUUAUAAGACCUUGUCAUAAAGUGUAACUGAAUUCUUAGGGACAGGACUGUCUCAGACCCUGAAAAACUUAUUCAUAUUUAAGAAAAUUUUGUUUUAAUAACCAAAGUGAGCUCUAGGGACAUAAUAUUUGGCCAAUCUGUUAACACACAUAAAGUCCUCUGCUUACUUGCUUUAUAAAUAACACUGAGGUAUGUGGACCCUCCACAGUGACUUAAAUAUAUGCAAUUCUAUUGUAGUAAAGUUUUCACCAGGUCAGCCUAUUAUUCCAGCUUUAGGUACUACUAAAAGGAGUGAAGUAAGAUGCUAUGUACUACUGAUUAUGAUUCAUGAUCAUCUAGGUACAAGAAUGUAAACAUCUUUUCAUUGUUAAAUAGUUUGCUGACUUAAAUAACGUUAUUAGAAUUUGUUAUGAAAUCUCAUUCCUGAAAUCCAUAAGGAAAUGUACAUCAACUUAAAAAUGUAAUAAUAAUGUCGUACUUUAGAAAUAGAAUUCACUGUUAAUCACUAAGAUUUCCUCCUUUUUCUCCUCCUAUGGCACAUACAUAGUUUAUUUUAAUGAAGAAUUCUCACGAAUAUAAGUCACUAUAUUAUCCUGAAUAAUUAAGUUUGCUUUUUUCCCAUCUCCUUGCAAUAGGGUAGUAUAAAGAAUGCUAUUAAAAGUUAGCGACUUGCCUAAUCUGCCUAUAUACCAUGACGGACAAACCUUUCACAUAGCAGACGGCAGGUUAGACUAGCUGCUUCUGGCUCUCAGGCUGCCCGUCUGACCACAGAGGGCCUGGGCAAGGUGGAGCAGAACGCAGCGCUGGUCAGCUCCUCUGACUGCACCCCUUCCAUGUCUUAGCGUGCUGAUUUGGUUUAAUUAUCUUCAAAGGUUAGAGUUGGAAAAUGAAAACCCUAGAUACUUGUUGUGGAAUGUUUGCCUAGUUAUUAUACUUAUUCAUUGUUUGGUGUGUCCCUCUUCUUCGCUGGCGUGUCACUCGCAAGUGUACCAAAGGACGUUUUGUUCUGUUGAAAGCCCAAGACCAAAAGGAAAGAAUCGCAAGUAUUUCCGGAUAUGCUUCCCAUAUACUAAAAAGCACUAAACAAGCACAAAGGAGCGCUGAACAACCAUAGCCUCAAAAGCAUUUUUGUAACUGUCAGGGCAUGGUAUGAAUUCUUGCCCUUUACCAGCAACUUAGAGACCUGCUGUUUUUCAGUCAUGCAGAGUUAAGCAAAACUGUCAGAUUUUUUUAAUGUUGCAAAUUUGAAGCUAUGUAGAUGGACAAACAGGAUUUAUUACCUUUUGCUUUUAAUACACUUGGUUACG